AUGGCGAAUGUAGCGUUGAUUGGAUGUACGGGCAUGGUGGGGAGUCAUAUCCUCACUAACCUUCUCGCCAAUCCUUCUAUCGCUCGUGUGGAUACUAUCUCGCGUCGGACCCCGCAGGCCGCUUCUGCCGCGCAUUCCAAGCUGACGACUUUCGUCUCCGAUGAUACAUCUGGGUGGGCUAGCCAGUUGUCCUCACUAACACCAACCCCGUCGAUUUUCAUCUCUUCCUUUGCAACAACCCGUGCGGCUGCUGGCGGAUUCGAAAACCAAUACAAAGUGGAGCAUGGCUUGAACAUCGAGAUGGCGCGUGCAGCACGCGACGCGGGAACUAAGGUCUACGUCCUGAUCUCGGCGAGCGGGGCUAGCACAUCCUCAUCAAUCGCGUAUUCACGCAUGAAGGGUGAAAUUGAAGAAGAAGUCAAGGCCUUAGGAUUCGAGAGAACGGUCAUCCUCCGCCCGGGCCUCAUUGCUGGUCAAAGAGAGGAGAGCCGACCAAUGGAAGCUGUGGCCCGUUAUAUUGCUUCUUUUGCGGGUAAGCUGCAUUCUAGCUUGAAAGACGGAUGGGCUCAGGAGGCAGAUGAUAUUGCCAAGGCUGCAGUUAAUGCUGGCCUCAAGGCGUUGGAAGGUGACGUUCCGGCGGGUAGUGAGAAGGUUUGGAUGCUGUAUGGCACCGAUAUCAUUGCGCUCAGAAAGGGUGGAUGCUAA